AUGAACCCAAACUGUGGUUCAUUCAACUAUCACAUCACAAAGCGUAUUUGUGUGUUGAAUAAUGCCAGCAGAGCUCACAGCCCUGAUGACUUUGUCAAGAUGCAAGGAAGUGUAUACUAUGAUGAUAAUGUAAACAGCUCUACGUUUGCAACGCCCUGCUAUAAAAGUUACAGCAGUUGUCUGAUGCUGUAUCAGGCUGGUUAUCGUGACAACAGCAUAUACACAAUCUACCCGACAAGUCUGUCUGAUGGGUUACAGGUUUACUGCGACAUGGAGACAGAUGGAGGUGGCUGGAUGGUGUUCCAGAGGAGACAAGAUGGCUCUGUCGACUUCUAUCGUACAUGGGUUGAAUACCAAUCUGGGUUUGGUGAUCUGCGUAAUGAGUUCUGGUUGGGGAAUGACAUCCUGCGUGACCUUACUGGGUCAGGUCAAUGGGAGCUCAGAGUAGAUAUGGAAGAUUGGCAGUCCAACACAGCUUGGGCUUCUUAUGGUGAGUUUGCUGUUACAGGUGACAAAUACACCCUCCAUGUUGGUUCAUACGAUAAUCGGAGUACAGCUGGUGAUUCAAUGACAAAUCACAACGGACGACCCUUCACUACAAAGGACCUGGACAACGAUGCCAAGGACAAUACAAAUUGUGCAGAGAUAAGGAAAGGUGCCUGGUGGUUUACACAUUGUUUCAGGGCUCAUCUCAAUGGUCAUUAA